ACUUGCGGAGAUAUCGUGUUGAUCGUUUCGUGUCCGUGCCGCUGGCGUUCAGCAUCGGCGCUGUCGCGUGAAAGGAAAUGGGAAAUUCUCUUGUGUUUAGAUUUCCCGCACCCACCAUAUCGGACUCAUUAUUGAAGCGUGCGACUGACUGAAAUGAACGUGCGCCAGUGCGUAUGGUUUUAAUUUAUGAUCUCUGGCGAACGCCCGCGCGUCGUGCAUCAUCCGAAGUGAAGUGAUACAGAAUACACACUUAAACACCGAAAAAACAGUGAUUUUUAAGAGUGGAUAUUAUAUUGCUGUUCGGGAAUUUUUUCUUGAUGUUAAACAGAGUGCGCUAUGAAAAAAGUGGCAAGAGUGAUGGAUAGAAUUAUAAAUAGGCAUCAAUAAUGUCAUAUAAAAAUGCUUCUCAAAAUUAUCAUGAGAGAUUUUACAUCGUUCAACAUAUUUCAGUAUCGUUUGUAUUCAAACAAAAAUCGCCCAGCAAAUGGAUCCUCCAGGCCCACACUUAGGCAACAGCCAGUUCCUUCAAUCGGUGGUGGUGAGCUCAAUUGCAAUUGUGUCUUCUAAAGUUCACAGCCAACUGUCACGCGAUGGAUCCAACCGGCGUUGAUUCAAUACACAAAGCUCAUCGCACGAACCGAUUUUAGUGUUUCAGCAAUCCCUGAACGGUGCAGAUCGUGAAAUUUAGUUGCAAAAAUACAAAAACAAACAUUUGCUUCCCAACUGCAGCUGCCUGAGUGUGCUAAAUAGGUCAGUAGAACUGGUGGUCACUGCUGAAGUAUCACAAGCCUCGCGGCUCGAUAGCACAGAUGUGAAAAGUGGAAGUCGUUCCGAAGCGUCGGUUCGGUUCAAGUUAGAAGACGAUAUUAUCGGCAGUCUCAGUGGUAGUAGUGCCAGUUUUGGUAGCGGCAGUGAUACCAAUAAUGAAGACAGCCUAGAGAUUAUGGAGGAAAUAGACAUACAGGACGAUGGCAGCAAACACGAAGAGAAUACUGGCAGUAGUAUAUCGGAAAACAUUCCGUUAAAUGUAGGUGCUGUUGAUCGGGUCUCAUCUGUGUUUCCAGAAUCUUCGGGUGGGCAAAAACUCGACGACAGAAGGAGGCAUCUUUUUAACAUUGAUGAUGAGCCAGACUUGAUACUAGGUGACUCGGAGGACGUUGGAUUCAAUAUUGACAAACUGAAUUUAUCGGGAAAUGAUAUUGCUCAACAUUUUCAACAAUUUUGUGAAAAGGACGACUCACCUGACAAAAAUUCAAAUGUUGAGCGUAACCAAAAUGAGCAAAGCAUCAAUAUUGAUUCGAUCGAAAAGCAGUCGCAAACGAAAGAACAAAUUGCUAGCGUUCGAAAACAAACUCUAGUUCAAAAUUUGUCAAGUGGGAUGAAAAAAUAUGAAGCAAAAGAACUGUCACCACUGAAUGAAGAUGAUGUAUUGAUCAAUAGUAGUAAAGUCAAUCUAGGUUUUUUGAAAAAACUGCAUAAGCAGCCACAUGUGCAAGAUAAUAGUAGUGCGGACAACAGUUCCAACACAACGAAUGAAAUUUCCGAGUUGGUGGGAGAUACUGAAAGUGAUCGCGCUAUGAGUGAUAAUUACGAUCAGAGUUCGCGCAGUGACAGUGAAUUAAAACCAAAGAAUAGUUAUAAAGAUGCUAAGAAAUUAGUACCAAUUUCGAUGCGAAGUAAAAGUGAUGAGAUCCCCGAUGGAAACGAGGAGCGUAUAGCUAAGCCCUCAUUUUCUAGUCUCAGAACAGUGGAGUUAGGCGACUAUAGCCUGUCAGAUAAACCUCGUGGUAACAGUGCUGAAGAAGAUAACUCAUUAGACGAGAUCGAAAUAUCGAAUCCAUCGAUAGAAGCCUUUGCGGGAAUAGAAGGAACCGAAUCAUUGAAAGAAAGUGAGCCUCAUUCAUUCACUGUUUCAAUGGAACCUAAUGAAGGGCAGGUCUCUUCCGCUAGUAAUGAUUCUGACGAUUUGAAGGAAAAAAUUAUCACAUCCAGUAAAUCGUUUGAAGAAGUACAAUCUCAGCAUGAACUUGAAGUGCUGAAUGAUAAGUUAGAAGACGAAAAAACUCACUCCUCUGUUAAAAAGAUGGAAAAAGUUACAGAUUUCAAGGAAGCUUUGGAGGAUAUUUCUGAAGAAUCAGAACAUACACUCACGGUGUCAAAUCAUUCUGGAAGUAGACCUAAUACAGACGAUGAACUUUCCGCUGUUGAGAAGGGUAAGGAGAUGCGUAAGAUUCUAGUUGAAAAGAUUUUGCAGAGACAACUAAGUAUUGGUAGUACCAUCCUUGAAGAUAACAAGGAAAAUAUUCCAGAUUCGUUACCUUUCAAUAAAACUUCCGAUUCGAACAGUGUUGUUAGCUUAAACAUGUUUCAAGCUUUGGAAGGAGAAAUUAAAACGAUGAGAGAAAUCAUUGCAACUAAAGAUAUUUAUGAAGUUGCUACUUCCAAAGAUUCAUGGAAAGAGGGUACAGUCGAUUCACUCAAAGAUCAGCAACGGUCUACAGAUUCGAUUAGUUUGGCUACCAACUCCACCGAAUACAGACUAGUUAAUGACGAAUAUGUUCCGAACAAAGAGUUACAUAGUACAAUCAACAAACAGAACCAGUGGAUUGAGAUAUUGGCAGAAAAAUUGCAAGAAUCUAUUCAGGCACGAAAUCAAUCAGAGACAAAUCUGACGAAACUUACAGUGGAAGUGAAUCAGUUACGUAAACAAUUGACGGACAAUACCGAAGUCUUGAAACAACGCUCAAAUUGGAUGAGAGAUCAGGAAAGUAAUGGUCAACGAAUUUCAGAAAUUUCGAUUGAUCUGGUAAGUGAGACUGAUGAUGCUUUGUCGGAUUUUCCCGAUCUGUAUGAGGAACGGUCGAACCGGAACUCUCGGGAACGACAGCUGGAUCUUAACCUAGACAUUGAUUAUUCCGAACAGAAUCCAUUGCUCAUCCCUACCACUAUGUCUAAGCAGUUCGAACAGUUUAGAAAAUAUCUAUCACCAGAUGAACUACGACUGUUCAAUAUGGUUCAGGGAAAAUUCGAUGAUUACCUAAAACUGGAGCUUGAGAGACAACGCAAUGACUUGGAAUCUCACCAUGAACAAGAAAUGACUGAUCAACGUACGUAUUUUGAACAAAAAUGCGCCGAAUUUGAGAAACAAUAUUCGGAAGAAGUGAUUUCACAUCACAGUCGUCGGUUGUCCAACGACACCGCAUCGGAUAUUUCAGACCAUGAAGAAUUUCCCGCCGAAAACGGUGGUUAUCAAUCGAAGCAAACCAGCCCUAAGAAAAAACUCAAGGAGUUGAUUUAUCUUAGUCCGACACACAGAAAAAUAACACCUACCACAAUUGAUACAACCGAAGGAAGUGCAGAUGAAGUGCUAGAGAUUACUACUACCGAAUAUGAAAAGGAAGCUCAAAUGGAUUGUGAUAGUGCUCGAGAAAUUUAUCAGAAUAAAAUUGUGGAGCUUAAUCGGAAGCAUAGUGAAGAGGUACAUCAAUUGAAAGAAAGACUAAAACUGUAUGAGGAUACAGAUGCCACGAAGGAAUUCUUGCCUAAUACCGAAACUCCUUUCACGAGUAAAACCGCAUCCUCACUAAUAACACAAGCGAUGACAACGGUCGCCUCACCGGACGGCUUAGCGUCGUCGCAGUCUGAUGUGUUACUAACAACUACUGCCAGCAAGAUUAACGUUGCCAGUGUUGGCACCGAACCAAACGAUGAUUUGCACGAAAUUAUUGCCGAUUACGAGCGUCGAUUGCAGGAACAAGUUGCUCUGGCUCGCCAAGAUGUGCUACGAGAGCUAGAGAUCCAGAUACAGGCACUAUUAUCUGAUACGACCAUCGAAGAUUCCCACUGGCCAGCAGAAUUGAUACUGCUCAGAGAAAAAUUCACUGCAAGAAGUCAACUAGAAAUAGCGCAACUUCGAAUCAAACAUGAGGAAGAAAUGGCCCGCAUGAAAACUGAAUUUGAGAAACAGCUACAGUGGAAGUUGAAACGUCAAUCCACGUUCGACUCGGCCCGUGAUUUGGAUAAAAUCAUUAUCGAACGAGACAAUCUGCGGGAGCUUUCAUCUACCUUACGGAACGUUCUUGGAGAGUUUUUGAAGUACGUAGCGGUUUGUGAAGAUGAUUUGAAUAGCACCGUCAUCGAAGAACUGCAGAGGCAUGGGUUGAUAUUGGGUGCUGGUGACGGCGAGGCGGCAGAGACUUCCAUAGUCGAUAUGAACCUAUCGAAUAUAUCAGUAUGUUCAACUACAAAAAAGUUGCUAAAAUUCGCCCCAGACGUAUCCGGUUUGAUUUCAAUAAUCGAAGAUCCUUCACUGCUUGAUUACGUGUCAAAAGACAAUGGUACUAGUGAUGACGUAAAUCAAUCCCUUAAUUUAGAAGAGUGCCUCGAACUGCUCAGAUCAGAAGCGUUGCAUCUACUAACGCUUUCCGAAAAGCGCACAAAACGGCUUGCCACAAAGGAUGAAGAUUUGGAUAAAAUAUCGGAGAAAAGUGAUAGUUGUGAGGAAGAAGAUGGUUUAAAGCGAGGGUUAAAUAAAAAUGCAAGCUCACGCUCUUUUGACGAUAAUCUGAUACGAGCGGUGGGUUUAAGCGAAAGCAAAUUCAAUGCGGUUAGUAGUUUACCACUUGAUUUAGGAUCGGUACAAUCUAGUGGAGAAUUGAAUAUUCAAUUACAUGAACUGAAAAAUAGACUUCUGAAAACGGAAGAUGAAAAACGUGUUCUGGAAAGCAGAAACAACAGCUUGGUUGUAGAGUUGAAUGAGGCGAAGCUUCAUUUAUUGGAGCUGAAUAGUCAAAGGGUAGAAUUUAGCGAAGGAUAUGGAACAAAUGCGUUGCUACCGAGCACGCAUAGGUCAAAUAAUGGAUUUGUCGAGUUGCAGGAGAGAGCAAAGCACCUAUUAGGUAACACUUCACCUGAUAAUACUAUAGACAUCAGUGCAAAUUUGCUGCAACUAGUGGAAGAUUUCUGCCGUGAAGGAGAACGAUAUAUGGAGGAUGAGAAACGUGACAAAUUGGAUUUGCAAUCUCAAAUCGAAGCAGCCGAUAAACAGCUCAAAGCCACACGCCAAUUUCUGGAGGAACAAGCGGCUGAAAGGGAACACGAACGGGACGAGUUUGUAAAGGAGAUUGAAAAGCUCAAAUCACAGCUGCGUGACAAAGACAAGGAUAAGGUGAACGUUGAACGUGUCACGAAAGAGGAAGGAUUUUUGUGUGACAGUUGUAGUUGUGGUAUCGAUAAUCGGCAGAUUAUUGAAAAAUUGGAAGCUGCAGAGCAGAACGGAAAGGAACUGUCUGUCCAGCUCAAUGAAAGGGAUGACAAAAUUCGUAAGAUAGAGAACGAUCUUAAAGAUUCGAUCGAUAAAGGUUUCACACUUCGGGAAAUCAUAACGGAGCUAGAAACUCAGAUCGAGAGUAAAUCCAUCAACGAGCAUGUUUUGCAUGCUAAAAUCAAGGAGCUCGAACUUUACAUCGAUGCUCAAAACCGUCAGAAUGAAUCGCUUCACCAGGAGGUGGAGAGCAUGAAAACGGAUGUUACUGUUCGGGGGUUUACCGAAAAAAUCGCAAAGUUAGAAGAUGAACUGCGGCACACCAGACCCAGUAUGGAGCAAAGUUUGGUCCUUGAAGCGCUGACGGUUCAACUUCGGGACAUCGAGGAAACUUUGGAGAGAAAAACCAAAAACCUUGAAUCCUUGCACUCCAAUUCGGCUGCCUCGCUAGUAUGCAGUAGCCCUUCGGAAGACAUUUCCGUGAACCAGGACAGUCCCCUGCACAGGAAAAAGUCCAGUGGUGGUGAGUCAACCUCCCAACCGCCGUCGCUGCCAGUGGACGAGGUGCAACGAAUAUUCGAUAAACUCCAUCGGCACACACGGAUCGAGGACGUCGCCAUCAAACGUAUCAACGAUUUGGAGAUGCAAGUGGCUAGCGUUCGUAACAGCUAUGUGGAGCUACAGCAUGAACGCGAUGUUUUACAAGAGAGGAUGUCGGAGCAAUCGCUUAAGAUUACAACGCUUCAAUCGAAGCUCGAUGAACAGCGAUUACGGGCUGAGGAACUGCAUCGUCAGGGUGCAUCGCAUCUGACAGUUAAAGUACACGAUUUGCAGAACGAGUUGGUGAACGUUAAAGAAACGCUGCAAACGCGUGACAAACAGAUUGCGAAUUUGAAACACUUUCUGGAAAAUAGUCAACAGGUGAUUGAGCGCCAAGAGAAGGAAUUGGCAAUGAAUCAGGCGGAGAACGAUCGCAGCCAGUAUGAGUUGAAACUUGAAGCCGAGCUACAGGCCAAAUGCGAUGAAAUCCAGAUUUUAAAAAGUAAAAUUCAAAACGAGAUGAUAAACAAAGUGGCCUUACCUGACCUCAUGGAGACUAUGCUGGCCGAUAAAAACGACGAGAUAGAUCAGUUGAAGGAAAAGCUAAACCAUUUACAAACAUCUGCUGUUCUACCGACGACCGGUCAUGGCAAGGAAGAUGAUAACGCCCGUACACUGAGUGACAUUGUUUCGAUUACCGAUUGUGACGAGUCCGAUAUGGUACUGAGACGAAUGCCCGAACAAACGGAGGGAUUCCUUCCUGCGAACAGUAUCCCAGUGGAGACGUCCGGCUCGAUGUUCAACUCCAAGCAAACACCGCAGUCUAAAAAUUCGACCAACAACCAUAGUCAGGAUCCAAUUCAGAAACUACCCAAACCAACCAUAUUCCCCCAGAGCUUCGAAGUUCCGACAUUCUUUCAGGACUUGACGACAGCGUUUCCACGACCAACACCAUCUACUGGAAUUAGCAGUGCAGGAACGCCUGAAUUCUUCCCUAGACAUAUCAAUUUUUCACUGGUGGAUGAAUCUAGAUCGACCGUCGGGUCGGCCCGGGAUCGUUUCCGAGAACCGGCGUUUAUCGAAGAAAUACGGGAAGAUGAAGAAAUAGAGGAGACAAUUUCAGUAAAAUUAAUCCCUGGUGAAAAUAAACCACUGCAUGAUGACAGUGCAGGUAAUGCGGAGACGGUGAAAAAAGAAAUGGAAUCGUUAAAAAUAAACUUAGAUAGAGUUACCAAUGAAAAGAAUGAUACGAUUGAGAAAAUACAAGCUAAACUGCAAGAGAAAAUUGAAGAAAUAGCGGAUUUGCAAGUGGAGCUAGCAGCUAGGAACAAACUCUACGAAGAUAUGCUACAGGAAAAGAAAGAACUGAAGGAGGAGUUAGAAAGUGUGAAAACAAAUUUGCAUGAGUUAGAGCUAAUAGCAAAUAAACUAGAACUAAAAGAGAACCGUCUAAAAGAAACACUGGAAACAAUAGUUCGUCAAGACGCCGAGCUUGCCGAAGUCAAUCUUCUAUAUACACAACUUCGCGAAGAGAUGGAACAAAAAGCAAAUGAAUUCUCUCUCCUAAAAUCUGAACAACACAAAAAUCACACAUUAUUAGACACAUUGAAGCAACAGGUUGAAUCACUGAACAAAACAAUUGGACACAAAAACGAGUUGAUGUCGAAAAUGGAAAAGGACAUUCAUAACUACAGUAAGAAUGAAGAAAAAUAUCUCGAACAGCUAAAAUCACUAGACGCUAAGGAAACAGAAUUGAAAAUAUUGCAAGGAAACUACAAAGAUCGGUUGCAUGAAAUUGAGAUCUUGAACGAAGAUAAUCGGUUUUUGAAUGAGGAUAUUAAUCGACUGAAAAAUGAAAUCGCUAGAAGUACUAGCAACUCGACGUCAAACCCGUCGUAUGUGCAGUUCUUGAAACAAAAUUGUGAAAAGUUUGAGGAGGAACUUCGCGAAACCAAAGUAAUGCUUACGGAAAAAAUGUUAGCCCUUGAACGAGUGCGAAUUGAUUUGAACAGUUGCCAACAGGAGGCUCAAGAUUUGAAAGCUCUGUUAAGAGAUAAAGAAAUGAUCAUUCAGCAGAUUGGCGAUGAUGGUAACAGCUUGCAUGAGGCUUUAACGAACAUUCAAAAUAAAAUGCAGGAAAAUAACAGCAAUUUAAAUAAACAGCUCCGAGAGGAGCAAGACAAAAAUGCUAUCUUACAAACGGAGUUGAAUCGCUUGAAAAUACAACUCCAAAGAAGUGAUAACUCUUCGAGUCCAAAACCAUUUUCGGUGGAGGAAAUAGCCGAGCAGUUGGAGAAAGAGUUGAACUACUCAGCGCAACUAGAUUCUAGUAUCAUGAAAGCAAUCGAAAGUGAUGACUUGAACUCAGAAGAGGAAGCAAACACCAGAAAAGGCCGAAAGGAUAACAAAAGCAACCACGAGGUUGAAGAGUUAAAAGCGCAAUUACAACUUGAGGCAGAUAAGUGUGUUAAAUUGAACGAGUUGCUUGAUUCGGAGAAACAUAAUUCGAGCGCAAUUCAGAUGCAAGAUGCGGAAAUUAUUGAAGCAAUGCGUCAUAGACUUGAAGCUGCGAUUGAGAAUGAAAGCAUGCUACAAAAAUUACUGACUGAAGAAAAGAAUAAAACCGAUCGCUUAUCAACUUUGAUUGCUGGUGUUCAGCGAACGAGGUCCUUCGAUAACUACUUACUAAUGAGGGUUAAAUCGCCGCAUGAAUCUCCCUCCCGAAGGCUCAAUCGAAGCAAUGAGUUCGAGUCCGAUAUGGUGGCUCGGUUUGAAAGUGAAAUCAAAUUUUUAACCGCCCAAAACGAACGGGAGCGGGAGAGAGCCGCUGAUUUACAGCGUGUUUUGGAAAGGGAAAAAAGUCGCUUUGAAAAAGAAAUUUCUGAUAGAAACGAGCAUGGAGAACAAGUAAAAAAAGAGUUAGUCAGAAUUACGUCAGAAAAAGAUCGUCUCGAGGUGGAGCUUGAUCAUGAGCAAGAGAAACUUAUGCUGGCUCACAAAGAAAUCGAGAGCCUCGAAAAACGUAUAGGAGCUUUCCAGGAGGCGGAAUCGGUACGAUCCUUUAGAAGAGAACGAGCAACUGGGCCUAGUUCACUGGAAUUCCAAGAGCUUAGACAACAAUUGGAAAACUUGGAACAAGAUCGUGCUCAGCUUCGUGAUACUGUUCAGAAUCUCCGAUCUGAAGUAGAGCGCAGAAAACAACGCGAAGCAAAACUGACAGAAGCCUUGAGCAGAGAAAAUUCAUUGCAUGAAGGAGGACAAGCUUCAGUACCAGAAGAUUUUCUAGUGAAACUCAGGGACAUGAAUCGGAUGUUGGAAAUUAAUGUUCGAGAAAAUCACCAGCAAGCAGAAACACUUCGUCUGUUGAUGGACGAACGAAAAGCAUUGCAGCAACGCAACCAAGAACUUGAGCGGUUUAGUAUUCAUACAAAUGUCAAUCCAUACAAUCGGGAUGAUCUAGAAGAACGGGCGAAUCAUCUGUUUGGAAAGUAUCUUCGUUCGGAGAGUCACCGCAAAGCUUUAGUUCACCAGAAGCGCUAUUUACAAAUUGUGCUAACCACUUAUGAAGAAAAUGAAGUAAAAGCACUCCAAUUGCUUAGCGCUCAGAACAUACCACCUCAUAUCCAAGAUCUCGCUGGUUUACCCACACAAGAGUCAGUACACCGUCACAAGCUACGAUCAUUCCGCGCCGUUGUCACUGCAAUAGUUGCAAUUGAACGCAUGAAGUUCAUAGUGAGAAAGUGGCAAGGUGGACGGAGGAUAUGCGCGAAAGCCAUCUUUUCUCAACAGUUCACACCCAGGCGGUCUCAAUCGGCCAGUACCAAUGUAUGGGCUCGGUCUUCAAACUCUCAUUUUGUGGAGUACAAUGCAUCUCCUCCGGCUCGUGAUCGACCAGGAAUGCUUCAUCCAUCGGUACAGCAUGAACCAACUUAUUCCGGGCAUUAUCUUCGACUGCCAGAAUCCCAGCUUCUUAUGAAUGCGGAUAUGCGAGAAAGACUCGAGGAACAGUACAAUCGAUCGAACAGUAAUCGGUAGAAUUUUGUUUUAGUUUUAUAUAGAUCCAUUUUUGAUAUUAGUUUGUUAAUUCAUAUUUUAAGUGAGCUAAAGUAUUCGUCUGACCUUUGUAUUCUACGUUUGUACUUCAAUCAUCGAGUCUAGUCAAAAUUUGACGGUUCUCUUAAUUAUACUUCAGAAGUAUUUUGCUCAUAUUUUGUUUCUGUUCUGGAAACCAGCUCAAAAUGACAAAUCACAAACCCACACAACGAUACAAAGUGCGAAAUUGAUCUCAUGGAUUUUGAUUGGUCACUUGUUGAAAAGCAAAACAAAAUGUUUCGAUAGUGCCUUACCAAACGGUGUUAACUAUUACGGAUGAAUAUCGUCACUAUAUUUAGGAUACUAACCUACUCAAAACAUGGCUAUAAAGCAACCUUAGAAGUAGUGUUUUUUAAAGUACGAAUUUAUAAGCUGUAAAAAUUAUUUUUAUCAAUUAACACCGCAGAUUUUGCACGCUCGGUCUUCUUGCGUUCUGUGUGGGUUGUUGUCAGGCACACGCAGGAUUAGGCUAUGCGUUUUAUUCUAACUAUAAGCACAAACAUAUUUUAUAACUAAAAGAGAACAAAAACCAGCAUAAAUGUUUUUCUUUGUACUCGACCAAAGCAAUAAUUUACAAUUUCGGUGUGUAUUCAUACCUAGAUGACAUUCGAAUCAAAUGUAUAGUUUGUGUAUUUGAUUUACAUUAGUACUGUUCUGAUAGAAAAUCCACGGAUGAAUAUUACAAAAUAUCUUACUGAAACCAAAA